AUGGGUUGCAUGAGCUCCAAACCCGCUGAACAGGCGGACAAAGAAGCCGUCCAACGGACUGCCAGGAUAGACAAGAGCUUGAAAAAUGACAAGAAAGUGAUGGACCGGACGAUCAAGAUCCUUCUCCUCGGUGCUGGUGAAUCCGGAAAGUCCACGAUCAUUAAACAGAUGCGCAUCAUCCACGCUGGUGGGUUUCCAGAGGACGAGCGUUGCCAAACGCGUGCGGUGAUCUAUUCGAAUAUUGUCAUUGCGUUCAAGGUCUUGUUGGAGAUUAUGCGCGCGGAAAACAUCGAUUUCCAGGUUGAAAAAACAAAGCCAUUGGCAGACUAUGUGGACAACCUGGAGCCUGAUGUAGGCUCGGACGAAGCGUUUUCUGACCUCAAAGUCCGCGACGCUAUGAGGGGGAUGUGGGAGGAUACUGGUGUCCAACAAGCCGUAGCCCGGGGUCACGAAUUUGCCCUUCACGAUAACCUGCAUUACUUUUUCAACUCCCUUGAUCGGAUAUUCACGCCUGGCUGGCUCCCUGACAAUCAAGAUAUGCUGCAAGCCCGUCUGCGGACCACUGGAAUUACGGAAACCCUUUUCGAACUUGGUCAAAUGAACUUCCGCAUGAUGGACGUCGGUGGACAACGAUCUGAGAGGAAGAAGUGGAUCCACUGUUUUGAAGGCGUUCAAUGCUUGCUUUUCAUGGUCGCUCUCUCAGGUUAUGACCAAUGCUUGGUGGAGGACCAAACUGCUAACCAAAUGCACGAGGCGAUGAUGCUCUUUGAGUCCUUGGUGAAUGGCGAGUGGUUCAAGCGAAAGCCAAUCAUUCUCUUCCUGAACAAGAUCGAUCUCUUCAAGGGGAAGCUUCAUGUUUCUCCGGUAUCCAAACACUUCCCCGAUUUCAAUGGCUCCGAUACGGACUUCGAUGCCGCGGCGAGGUAUUUUGCCGACCGAUUCCGCGGCAUUAACCGCAUUCCUGAUCGUGAGAUCUAUAUCCAUUACACGAACGCCACCGAUACGACGUUGCUCAAAGCGACCAUGGACUCGGUUCAGGAUAUGAUCAUCCAGAAAAACCUUCACACUCUUAUUUUAUAG